AUGCGAGUGUCGGGGGGUUUGGUCGGAAGGAAAGCGCGCACGGCUGUGGCGCAGCUGGCUGCAGUCGGCGCAGCCUCCCCAUUCCCUCCUGCUCUCCCCGGGCGUCGCACAGAAAAAGAAGAUUGGAGUGAUCUGGGCGGGGAGAAAAAAACGGAGGGGGUUGAUCUGGGCAGAGUGAGUGUGAGGUUGCGCGUUGUGGCAGCGCAGGAGGAGGAGGAAGCAGCAGUGGCAGCAGCAGAGGAGGAGAUUCUGAGCGAGGAGGAGGCGCUAGAUGCACCGGACCCGCGGGCAGCCGUGAACGAGUCAGACCCCGCCGUGCUGCGCGUGAUUGCCGAGCGGCGCAAGCGCAGGGAGGCGGCACGGCAGAAGUACAAAGAGGAGCUGCUAGCGAUGGUGAACGAGGUGAAGCAGGCGGCUGCUGCGCCGGGCGGGCUGAAAGAGGAAGAGACGGUGGCGGAUGUGUCGAACGUGCCGCUGCAGUAUGGCGCCACGGAGAUCAGUCAGCUGGGGGAAGUGGUGGGGAAGGGGGGAGGAGGUGAGAAGGGAGGGAGAGCGGAUGCAAAAGGGGUGACUGGGGGUGCUUCUGAGGAUGUACAUGGUCCUUCAACAAAGAAAAGGAGACUACGUCAGGUUAGGUAG